CUGGUCCGCAGGGGGCGGCUAUAAGAAAGGCCGGCCGGAGCCGGCAAAGGUGCAGCUGCUCCGCGAAGCUUGUGGGUUGUGAUCGCGCUACUGAGACCAUCCGAGCGCGCCAGAGACGCCCCCACAGCCGGAGGUUGCCACCAUGUCUGUGUCACACAGUUCCAAGCUGAACAAGGUGGUCAGGGACCAGUACAUGAAGCUGCCCCUGGGAGACAAGGUGCUGGUCACAUACAUCUGGAUCGAUGGAACUGGCGAAGGCCUUCGCUGUAAAACCAGAACACUGAGUCAGGAACCAAAGACCAUUGAAGAUCUCCCAGAAUGGAACUUCGACGGAUCCAGCACAGGCCAGUCUGAAGGCUCCAACAGCGACAUGUUCUUGAUCCCCGUUAAGAUAUUCAGAGACCCUUUUACCCUUGACCCCAACAAGCUUGUCUUAUGUGAGGUUCUGAAAUACAACCGGAAGCGGGCAGAAACCAAUCUGAGGAGCAGAUGCAAGGUAAUCAUGGACAUGGUCAAAGAGAGCCAGCCUUGGUUUGGGAUGGAGCAAGAAUACACUUUGCUGGGUGUCGAUGGGCACCCAUACGGCUGGCCCAAGAAUGGUUUUCCAGGCCCACAAGGACCUUAUUAUUGUGGCGUUGGGGCCGACAAGGUGUACGGGCGUGACAUAGUGGAGACCCAUUACAGGGCCUGCAUUUAUGCUGGUGUGGAGAUCUGUGGCACCAAUGCUGAAGUCAUGCCUUCUCAGUGGGAAUUCCAGGUGGGGCCUUGCGAAGGUAUUGAGAUGGGUGACCACCUGUGGAUGGCGAGAUACAUUUUGCAUCGGGUCUGCGAAGACUUUGGGGUCAUCGCCACUUUGGAUCCAAAACCAAUAACCGGCAACUGGAAUGGCGCUGGGUGCCACACCAAUGUCAGCACGAAAGAAACAAGGCAGAAAGGGGGUAUCAAGUUCAUUGAAGCUGCCAUAGACAAGCUGAGCAAACGCCACAAGUACCACAUCCGCAUGUAUGACCCUCGCGGGGGCCAGGACAACUCCCGGAGGCUGACGGGCCAACAUGAGACCUCCAACAUCUUCGAGUUCUCGGCUGGCAUUGCCAACCGUGGGGCCAGCAUCAGGAUCCCCCGCCAAGUUGGGCAGGAUGGCUGCGGGUACUUUGAGGACCGCCGCCCCUCUGCCAACUGCGACCCAUAUGCCGUUACGGAGGCCAUUGUGAGAACUGUCCUCCUCAAUGAGUCCGGGGACGAGCCAGAGGUUUAUAGCAACGAGGAACGGUUGCAGAAGGCGGCCGACGAAGACUAAGCCCCCAUGGCCCUCUCACUCCCUAAAGUGUUGUCCCGUAGCAGUUAGUAAAUGGCUGACAUCUUUGGAACUCCUCGCAUCGUGACAUGUUGACUUACAGAACAUAUUUCUAUAUGUAUACAUAUAUAUUUUUAGGAGAGAAAAAUUAUUUUCCUAGUGGGCUUAACAAGUUCCCUGGUUGUUGUUGUUGUUGUUGUUGUUGUUUAGAUCAUAAUGUGGGCUUUUGAAGUACGGGUGGGGGGAACUUGUGGCCCUCCAGUGGUUGUUGGACUCUCGUUCCCACCAGCCCCAAGCCAGCAGGGCCAGCGCUCCUGGAUGAUGGGAAUUGUAGUCUAGUGGUAUCUGAAGGGCCUGCAUGUUCCCCAACCUUGCUUUAUGGUUGGGCUUGUUUCUUUGUUUAAGUUGACUUUGUAAGUGGGAAGAUCAAGUUUUGUAUAAAUUUGUACACUCCUCCCACCCUUUUUCUGUCUCCACUACAAUGAAAUAAUAAAGUGCAAGAUCUUA